AUGCCGCCGCAACGAGGACCCUACCCCACCACGACCACCAUGCCCGAAGUCCGCGGCCUCAAGUACGACGAAUCCGACAUGGCCCUCUUCCACGCCAAACUCUCCUACCACUCCACCAUUGAGGAGCGCCUGGCUCUCAAGGACACCAACCUCACAUCCAUCUGCGACCACCAGUUUAAGAUCCUCAAACGCUGGGAGAUGCUGAAGCAGGUGGAGAAAGAAAUGGCGGACAAGGGCAAGAGCCUGUCGCCCGCGGAGAAGAAGCAAUUGGCUCAGUACGAAUGGCGAUACAAGACGUUGGAGGAGGUUGCAACCAACAGUACGGGGUGA